AUGUCAUUUGGAAAGACCGCUACCCUCAGCUCCGGCUACAAGAUCCCCCUCCUGGGCUACGGCACCUGGCAAGCCAAGCCCGGCGAGGUCGGUGCCGGCGUGUUCGAGGCUCUCAAGGCCGGCUACCGCCAUCUCGACCUGGCCAAGAUCUACGAGAACCAGAAGGAGGUCGCCCAGGGCAUCAAGAAGGCUCUCGCUGAGAUCCCUGGCCUCAAGCGUGAGGACAUCUUCAUUACCUCCAAGCUGUGGAACAACAAGCACAAGCCCGAAGAGGUCGAGCCCGCUCUGGAUGACACCCUUGCCGAGCUGGAGCUCGACUACCUCGAUCUAUACCUCAUCCACUGGCCUGUGACCUUCGCUAGUGGAGACGCCCUCUUCCCCCGCAGGGCGGACAAUGACAACGAGGUCCAGAUUGUCGACGAUGUGCCCCUAACAGAGACAUGGAAGGCCAUGAAUAAGCUGCCCAAGAGCAAGGUCCGCACAGUCGGCGUUUCCAACUUCUCCAUUGAGCACCUCGAGCACAUCAUCAAAGCCACCGGCGUCGUGCCCGCCGUCAACCAGAUCGAGCGCCACCCGCGCAUCCCCAACUACCCGCUGGUCGAGUACUGCGCCAAGAAGAACAUCCUCAUCACCGCCUACUCGGCGUUCGGCAACAACUCGUUCGGCCUGCCGCUGCUGGUCGCCAUCCCCGAGGUCAAGGCCGUCGCCGACCGCCUGUCCAAGGUCCAGGGCAAGACCGUCACCCCCGCCCAGGUCAUCCUCGCCUGGUCCCAGAUCGGCGGCCACAGCGUCAUCCCAAAAUCCGUCACCGCGUCGCGCAUCCGCGAGAACUUCCAGGAGGUCGAGCUCGACGACGAGGCCGUCCAGGCCAUCAACAAGCUCGGCGAGACGCCGCAGCGCUUCAACAUCCCUACGACCUACAACCCCAAGUGGGACAUUGACGUCUUUGGCGACGAGAAGGAGAAGGGCACCAAGCACCAGGUCGUCCUGUAA